AUGUCUGUUGACUUUGAUAAAAUAUUUCACGAACUCAAUCCAACUCCUGGUAUUCUUAGAUUACAACAAGGCGGUUUAGGUUGGAAAUCCGCUGAUAAUCUUGUUACUAUCGCUGCAGAUGAUAUAUCUUACAUGCAAUGGAUGAGAGUAGCAAGAAACUUCCAGUUAAAAAUAGGCCUCAAAAGUGAAAAAGAAAGACAAACAUUUGAUGGUUUAGUUAGAGAUGAUUAUGAAAGAUUAAGUAAAACAGUUAAAGAAUUCUACGGUGUUACUUUAGAAACACGUGAAAUAUCUUUUAGAGGUUGGAAUUGGGGUAGAACAGAAUACAGAGGUUCAGAUUUAUCUUUCCAAGUUUCAGGUAGAACUAUGUUCGAAAUUCCAGUACAAAAGAUCGCAAACUCAAACAUCGCAUCAAAAACUGAAGUUUCCUUAGAAUUUAUAGAUCCAACUGCAUCUGCUCAAGGUGAACCAACGAGUGGUCCUUCCUCUUCACGUAGAGCUGAUGAACUUGUUGAAAUGAGAUUUUAUAUACCAAAUUCAUCAAAAGCUCGCGGUUUCAUUGGUGAUAAUGAUGAUGAUGAUUCCAAAUCUCAGAAAUCUGAUCAAGAGGAACAAUCAGUUGCACAAUUAUUCCACGAUCAAAUCAAAGAUAAAGCAGAAAUUGGUAAAGUUUCUGGAGAUGGCUUGGUUGUCUUUAAUGACAUUUUGGUCGUUACACCAAGAGGACGUUACGAAAUCGAUAUGUACCCAACAUUCAUUAGGUUGAGAGGUAAAACAUAUGACUACAAAAUACUAUACUCUUCAAUAAAGCGUCUAUUCGUUUUACCAAAAACUGAUGAUAUGCACGUUUUAUUAGUCGUUGGAUUAGAUCCACCGAUUAGACAAGGUCAAACUAGAUAUCCAUAUAUUACAAUGCAAUUCCCUAACAAUGAAGAGUUGGAUGCAACUAUCAACAUGGAAGAAUCUGAAAUUCAAGAAAAAUAUGGUGAUAGAUUACAAAAGCAUUAUGACGCACCUGCAUACCAAGUUGUUGCACAAGUAUUUAGGGGUUUGAGUGGUAAAGAUAUCACCACACCAAAGACGUUCAAGAGCUUCUCAAAUCAACCUGCAAUCAAAUGUAAUGUUAAAGCUAACCAAGGUGAUUUAUACGUCAUGGAAAAAUCAUUAUUCUUCGUAACAAAGCAACCAAUCUACAUUCCAUUCAGUGAUAUUCAAUCAGCUCAAUUUGCAAGAGUUGGCGGUGCAAUUUCUUCAAGUCGCACAUUCGAUUUAAGAAUUGUUCAGAAAUCUGGUACAGAGAACGUAUUCAGUGGUAUAAACCGUGAAGAGCACGAGCCACUUGAGGAGUUCUUCACAAAUAAGAAAAUCAAAACAAAGAACAACCUCAAUGAGGAUCUUAUUGGUGCACCAAUACAAAUUCAAGAAGAAAGUGAUUCAGAGAUGGAUGAAGAUGACAAACGUGCAAGCAAAGCAAACGUUGGUCAACGAGAUGAAGAUGAUGAAUCUGAAGAAGAUGAAGACUUCGAGGCUUCUUCAUCCGAUGAAGGAUCACCUUCUGAAGCUUCAUCAGAUGAGGAAGAAGAUGAUGAUGGUGAUAAGAAGAUGUCUAAAAAAUCGAAAGAUAGUGAAGGUCCACCAAAGAAGAAAGCACGUAAAGAAAAAUCUGAUGAAGUUGUGCAGAUGGAUAGUGAUUAGGAUCACACAGAAAAGUCUCUUUAGGGGGUUUUGUAUUUAUUUAUACACAAUUUAUCUAUUACAAUAA